GUAGUCGUUCAUUUAACGAAGGAAGUAGUGGCAGAGGUCGUGGAAGUGGCCGCGGCUUCGGAAGAGGCGGAUUCGGCGGCCGUGGAGGAGGUGCUUCCAGAAGCUUUGAUGAAGGUGGACAUUCAGAAAGCAAAAAGAUAA